GUGGGGGGACCGGGGGUAUCCAGCACACUGGGAAGUCCCUUGUCCCAGGGCGUGGGGAUAGGGAUGAGAGUUUGAGGUGUUUCUCCGCUUCCCGGUUUGGUGGGUGGUGGGGAGGAUGGGGCUGGUCCCCAGUCCAGCCCCCCCGGCCCCGCCGAGAGAGGGAAGUUCGAGGCCAGAGGGAUGGGCUGAAAUGAGGGGGGCGGUGUUUGGGACGAUGGUCCCCACCCCACCAGGGUGUCAUCCGGGGGUCUUCAGCUCUUUCCUCAGUGCCCCCACCCUUUGAUCUACCCCUCUUUAGCCCUCCCCAGCCCCAUAGCUGGGGGGACUGUUUCCUCUUUGCUAGAGGGAGAGGGAGGGCUCAGCAGGGCCCUGUCCAUCCGACCUCAUCCCGGUGCACACGACACCUCUGUCCUGGGCAUCACUGGUGGGAAGUGGUUACUCACUGGGUGCUCCAAGAAGGGUUUUUGGGUCACCUCUACCCCCAAGAUGAGGUUUCAGAAGUUCUUAAAAACACUCCUCAGUGCUUAUUCCUCACCCUCUCCCCCUCUCUCUCUCCCCAAGCUCCUAGAAGAUGACUUCCAGUUCCUCCUUUGCGAGGGCUGCCAGCAGGAGUCGCCCAACCUCAAGCUCCUCACCUGCCUCCACACCUUGUGCGUGGGUUGCCUGAGCAAGAAUGAGCCCGUCAGGCAGUGCCCUGUGUGCUGCACGGCCAUCCCGCAGGCCGAUGGCAUUCCGGUCAUGGACAACCUGCUCUUCACCAACCUGCAGGCCCGGCUGAGGGUCUACAAGCAGAUGGUUGAUGGAGUUGACUUGUUUUGUGACAACUGCACGAAAUCUGGGGAGUUCUGGUGCUCCGAGUGCUUCGAGUUCCUCUGCACCAAGUGCUUCGAGGCCCACCAGCGCUACCUGAGGUGGGAGAGCCACAGAGCCAAGAGGGUGGUGGACAUCAGGGCAGGGUCUGCAAAUGACUUCCUGCAGGGAAUCAGGAGGACUGGUGGCUUGUCCUGCUCCAACCCAGACCACAGGAACCAGCCUGUGAGCAUCUACUGCCAGCAGUGUGAGAAGGCGCUGUGCUGCUCGUGCGCGCUGCUGGACAACCAGCACUCGCAGUUCAGCGACAUCUGCAGCGAGACCCAGCGCAGGCAGGAGGAGCUGAGCUCCAUGGAGCGGGAGCUGCGGCGUCGCCGGAGCGGCUUUGAGGCCACCUACGCGUCCCUGCAGGGCGAGGCCGCCCGGCUGGAGGAGGCGCAGCGGGAGAUGCGGGAGCUGAUCCGUCAGCGCGUGGAGCAGCUGGUGCGGCUGAUCCGUCAGGAGGAAGAGGAGCUGUUGGGGCUGGUGGAGGCGCGGCAGGAGCAGGGCCGUCGGGAGCUGGCGCGGGAGCUGCGGCACGUGGAGGGGGUGCUGCGGCGGAUGGAGGCGGGCGAGAGGCUGGUGGAGAAGAUGAGCCUGUACGCCACGGAGCAGGAGGUGAUGGACAUGCAGCCCUUCAUCAAGGGCUCGCUGCAGGAGCUCCAGCGGCUGCAGCCACUGUCAGCUGGGAACCAAGCGGAGCCUGGGCCCUUUGCUGAGUGCAGGGCCAGGCUGCAGGCGCUGGUGGAGCGUGUCACGGAGCACCCAGCAACAGGUACCUCCACUUCCCAGCACAACUCCCUGUCUGACGAGAGCACUGUGAUCCUUGACCUCAAACAUCCUGGGGAAGAUUGCCAACCACAAGGAGAUCUCCCCGUGGACCUGCUGGCCCAUCACCAGCCCUGUGCCCCUGUGUCGGACCCCUCUGGUGGCCAAGGACACGUGUGUCCAAACCAGGGAGGGGGUAUGUCCCCCACCCUACCCACAGCUCCAGCUCUUCUGAUGCAGAGGGAGGAAGAAGCAGAGGAAGACUCAGGCUCAGCCCAUGGGGACACUGUGCCUGUUCCCAGGAGCAUCCAGGACUCUCUGGCCUCCCUGCAGGAAGGUUUUGGUGGCUGGGCCAGGUCUAACGUGCAGCAGGCAGACAAGCUCCUGAGGAUGGGCACUCGCCUCCUGCAAGCUCAGCAGAGGGCAAACAGGCACCUAGUGGCCAUGACCCGGGAGAUCCGGGCCACGUCCCAGUCCCUGGCCACCAUUGCCUCUGCUAUGGGACCCCUGGUGCAGCCCGUGGCCUGCCCACAGAACCCCUCCACAGCAGACAUGGACUGGCCAUCCCUGCCCUCCAACUUGCUGGACUUAUUCCCUUCCAGUACCCCACAGAAGGAUGAACUGCCGGUCCCAGUGGCUGCCGUGGCCCUUUCCCCCAGAACACCCCCUCCUGCCACCCCCCCAGCCAGCCCAGCACGCUCCGAGACCCCCAGCCUAGAAUCCGAGUGGGAAUGCCCCAAAUCAAUGCUUUCCACCAGGGGCAAGCGGGGUGGGCAGCCCUGCAAGAGACUUCGGAAGCGGAGGAAGUGAGGGUCUGCAAAGCAGGACGUUUGCCAUGGACUGUGGCUGCUUGGAAAACCCUCCAGAGGUCCCUGUGGAGACCUUUAGGGCUCCUUUUCACCUUGCCAUGCCAAUA